CAUGCUCAGUGCGCCUCCCUUCCCCGCGCCCCCAGCCCGCGCCCUCCUCUCGCGUCCUCCCACGCACCGCACCCAGGCGCGCUCCCGGGCACCCCAACCCGCCUCUGUUCCCGCACCUCCCCUCCCCCCAGGCCUCGCCAGGCGAGGACACGUCAGGGGACAUAAAUAAAUAAAUAAUUCCAUUCAGCCGGUGACAGCGAGGCGAGGCGGCUGCAGCUGGGCGGGGGGACCGGGAGAGCGGCGGUGCGCGCACCGGGUGCCAGAGUCAGGAGUCAAAGUUGGGAUGCGCUGCUUUCCUAUUGACAAGGAUAUCUGGGCACGUGAACGCAGAACAAUUCCUCCCUAGAGCUAGCUGAUAAUCUGGAGUCGGCUCUACCUCUCCCUUUAUAUUGCCUUCAAAUAUUGCUCAUCAUCAGAAAGUGACUAGGCUUAGAUUUACACACCACCCAAAGUGCUCAUCUGACAACAGGUUGCUCUAGUCUCCAGCAGAGGUGCAGAAAUGCCAUCGGAGACUUCUGCUCCUCCUCCACACCCCCUUCCUCCAGAUGGAGGUUGGGGUUGGGUAGUAGUUUGUGCAUCCUUUAUCUCCAUUGGAUUUUCAUAUGCCUUCCCCAAAGCUGUCACAGUAUUCUUCAAAGAUAUUCAGGAAAUAUUCCACGCUAGCUACAGUGAAAUUGCAUGGAUAUCAUCCAUCAUGCUGGCUGUCAUGUAUGCAGGAGGUCCUGUCAGUAGUGUCCUGGUGAACAACUACGGCAGCCGGCCAGUGGUGAUAACUGGAGGGUUGCUGUGCUGUGCCGGAAUGAUCUUGGCUUCCUUCAGUAGCAGUGUGAUACAACUUUACCUCACAAUUGGCUUAAUUGGAGGUUUAGGAUUAGCAUUCAACCUGCAACCAGCCUUAACAAUACUCGGAAAAUACUUCUAUAGGAGACGGCCCAUGGCAAGCGGCUUGGCCAUGGCUGGAAGUCCUGUUUUCUUAAGCUCGCUGGCUCCCUUUAAUCAGUACCUAUUUAACAGUUACGGCUGGAAGGGGAGCUUCUUGAUUUUGGGAGGCAUAUUUUUGCACUCCUGUGUGGCUGGGUGCCUCAUGAGACCUGUCCAGAAAAGUACACGUCAGACAAAGUCUAAAAGUAAGGUUGGUUCAAGACAUGAUGAAACUAUGAAGAAAGUCAGUAAGGAAUCGACAGCAGAAAAAAUUAAUAAAUUUUUAGAUUUCAGCCUUUUUAAGCAUAGAGGAUUUUUGAUCUACCUAUCUGGAAAUGUCAUUAUGUUUCUAGGGUUUUUUGCCCCUAUUAUAUUCUUGGCUCCAUAUGCUAAAGACAAAGGAGUGGAUGAAUAUAACUCAGCUUUGUUGCUGUCUGUGAUGGCUUUUGUGGAUAUGUUUGCAAGACCUCUUGGAGGAUUAAUAGCCAAUUCCAAGUUAAUCCGUCCACGCAUCCAGUACUUCUUCAGCUUUUCAGUUAUAUUCACUGGCGUAUGCCAUCUCCUCUGCCCCCUGGCAGAUACCUACGCAGCAUUGGUAGUCUACUCUAUAGUCUUUGGUUAUGGAUUUGGAAGUGUUAGCAGUGUCCUCUUUGAAACUCUCAUGGACCUUGUUGGACCUGCCAGGUUUUCCAGUGCCGUGGGACUUGUCACCAUUAUGGAGUGUUGCCCCGUUCUUCUCGGCCCCCCUCUAGCUGGUAAAUUGGUUGAUAAAACUAAAGACUAUAAAUUUAUGUACAUAGCCAGUGGGGCAAUCGUGGUGAUAUCAGGCAUUUGGCUGUUCAUCGGCAACGCUAUUAACUAUAGACUCCUCGCCAAGGAAAAGAAGAGAGAGAGAGCACGGAAGAAGAAAUCAGCCACCCGUUCACCCAGAGAAUCGGAGGCUUUGAACAAAUCCAAACAGGACGAUGUUACUGUCAAAGUUUCAGGUGCACACAGUCCUCCGUCAGACAGAGAAAGAGAAAGCAAUAUUUAACAUGUCUCAUCUCAAAUCAGUGUUUAUGAAUUUGCUUAUGAGUUUCUUUGUGUUUUUCAAAGUGUUGGGAAGGAUUUUAGGUAAAACAAAUGAUCACAAACAAUAAUGAAACUAAGAUUUUGAGGUGAUAUAUACAGAAAAUCGAUGCAGAGGCUUAUUUGCAGACUUGACUUGGGGUGUUGUGUUGAGAAAGAAGAAUUUUUAAAUCUUUCACUGACUUUUAUUUGUAGAAUGAAAUCUGCAUCCCAGAAGCCUGGCUUACUUAAGCAUAUGUUUAAUUCCAUAAAAUAUCUCUCCUCAAACUUCAUUUUUAUUUGAUAUUGUUAUGAAGUAAAUUGAAGACAAUUAUUUCUCUUUUCACACAUGAAGAAUCACAUAUAAUAUAUAUCCACACAAACACUGAGUAUCUGGAGACCAUAAAGAAAUAAAUGAAUUUGAAAGAAAAAUAUUAUUAUAGUCAUUUUUAAGUAAAAGAAAAACCCAGGGAGACAAUGGGAAUGUGUUUUACUUGUCUGCAGUUUCACAAUGUGGCUUUAAAAUAACAAUAUAUAUUGAAAGUCAAAAUGCUAAAAACUAAAAAAAUUAAGGGAUUGCUAACAUCAGAAAAAAGUGUUUGUAAAAUAAGUUUGGCAAAAAAAAAAGCCUCCUUUUUCAGUCAUGCUUGAUUAAUCUGCGCACACAGUUUUUUUUUUUUUUAAGGUUGUAAUUAGUCCCUGGUGCUGGAAAAGAGAACAACCCCCCCCCCAAAUAAUCUGUACAAUUUUUACCUAACACAUCAAUUGAAUUAGAAUUUUAGUGAGACUGAACAUCAGCUAAACCGCAUUGAUUUGUAUCUUAGCUCAUAAUGUACACCUUAAUUAUGACUCUUUAAAAAAAAAAAAACUGGGCUCAAUCCAGAUUCAAUGUUGUGCUGCAAUAACCAAGCCAAAUAACCAAAAAUCCUAGUUGACAACUGCAAGUAGGCAAGAUUCUAUUUUUUCUCAACCAAAGUAAUGACACAAGCUUAAUCUUCUGAGUAAUUUGUAGGAAAAGAACUGACAAGAGUAGGGGUCAUUAUUGAGCCCACUACAGUCUUCGAAUUCUUCACUAAAACAAGCAAAAGAGAAAGAAAAGAAACCCAGGCUUUGACUUCAGUCCCUGAAGAUGCCUCAUGGUAGAGGGAACUGUUGAAAAUUCUGCUCCCUACUGAUUUCGACUGCCUGUUGUCUGAGAACAGAACCAGAACAUUGGAGCUUGCUGGGUGGGGAGAGACUUGUAAAAAUACAGGUUUGGGGAUUUCUAGGUAUCUAGUUUAUGGCACAGUUUUGAUAUGGUGAAAGAUUGUCACUCAGGUUAGUUUAGCAUGGUCUCAUUUUCUUGAGUAAAAGUAACUGGGAUUCAGAAUCAUUCCUAAGACACUUUUGACAGAUCUGUGAUUUCCUAACCUAUAAAUAUCAACUGAAAUUAAAUAUUUGUAUAUGUCUUGUUUAAUUUUAUGAUGGAUAGAACUCAGUGAUUUACUAUUGAGUGACACCCCUCUAGAAUACCCUCCUCUUUUCUUUUCAGUAGAGGGUGGGUGCUAUUCUUAUUCCUUAGGAGACUUUGCAUAGACACUGCAAUUUCAUGACAUCAGAAUUAAAGGUUUGAGUUUGUCCUAAAUUUAAUCCACUGCUUUAAAUGUGGAUCAUAGGUUCAUAUUUUCAGAUUUGCUUUUUCUUCAUUUAACAUUUGCGUUUUUGAAUAUAUUUAUGAUUUUCAAUCAUUUAAUAAAAAACACGAUGUGCCAACAUCUUAAGGAAAUGAAUAAGGACAGUAUGUGACACCAUAUAGCAUACAAUGUCCUUAAUUUUUUUUUUGCAGUGUCCUUUUCUUUAACUUGGUUCCACCCAAUCUUGAGUCAGCUUUUUUUGAGUGAUUAUUCCUUUUAUAUUCACUUCUGUUAUAAAAAAAAUCAUUCUAGUCAAUCAUAAACAGUUCUAAAAAGAAUGCCUUGCACUCUUUGUAAAUACCUUUUUAAACUAAUAUACAUAUCAGACAGCAGAAGAAGAGGAACAAUAAGGCAGUGACCAUGGGAUUUAUAGUCACACCUGUGUGCUCUGACACCUGCAUGCAGAGAUGCUGUGCCCCCUCCUGGGCGCCCCCCUCCCCCGCCCGGUGCCUUCCUUUCUCCUUGGAAAGAGGUUUAGUUAUGUCAACUGCUGAUGAAUCAAACCAAAGCCAAGUUGCAUUUCCUUUGCUCCUUCUCAGUUGCCUUAAUUCACUUCACUUCCGAUGGUUAUUGCAUUGAUCUUUAAGGGUGUGGAAGGGUCUCAAAGCACAGGACCUGGUGUGCAGAGUCAUGUCAGAAACAUGACAUUCUAAGUAGGAAUGUCUGUAACAGACGUGUUCUAAGUUAAAGCCUUAACUUGCUUGACUCAAUAAGAGAACUGUAACAGAAAUGAAUCUACUUGUUUGCUCUUCCCGGUCCAACUGCAAAUGUUGAAAUACUUGUUCCUUUAAUUAUAUCUUUCAAAGACCGAGCAAAGACUGUUGGCCGAAAGCUUCUGUUCCUAUCUAAUCACAUAGGACAGGAGGAAUGUAGCUAGCACACUCAUCUGCAAAUUUAGUGCUGAAUACAUUCCUGUCGCAGAGGAAUACCACAUUUCAGAUGUUCAAGAUGAGAAACUAAACUGAUUAUCAUUGAAAUGCCCACAAAGUUCUAAUUAUGAUUCAAAGGAAACUAGAGUACUCUUAGCUUCCAGUUACUAGCUAGCUUAUAUAUUUGCCGUUUGUUAGUUGAACAUCCCUCAUCUUUUGCUAUUUAACCUUAAUUAUUUUUCAUCAUCCAUAGAAAGAUAAAUAGGUAUGGACUUCUUUUUGUUUAUAUGGACUUACUCUUACCUAGCCUUCUUUCUACGUCCUUUUUGAAGAGGCAGUGAGAGGCAGUAAUAUGUAUCACGUUGAAGACGUGACAUUUUCUCAGUAUAAAUUCACAUGACUCAUAGAGUUCUCCUUUUUGUUCUGUCUUCCAAGCACCUUCACUCUAGUGGCCACACUCCACCUGAACAGCAAUAAAGAAAUGAAACAAUUCAAUUUGGUAUGCUCAAAAGUAUUCUGUAAGGGUCUAAUUGUCUACUCACUUGCUUCUAGCCCUACAACAUGCCAAUCAAGAAUACAGAAAAGUAUAAGUAAAAUUUUAUAUAGAUGUUAUAAUUAGUUGAAAUUACAUUUUUCCAAAAUGCCUUACAAAGACAAAAACUCAUAUAUAGACUAUUUCCAAUAUUUAUUUAUUUUUGUUUUUUUUUUGUUUUUUUAUUUCCAAUAUUUAAUAGAAUAAAUUAUCCUAAAUGUUUGGUUCAGUUUAAUGGGAGAAUACAAGGUGAAGGAGGUAAGAAAUUCAUGAUAUGCAUUUUACCUACACAAUGCCUCUCAAUAUUAAAACCAAAGCCAUACUAGGAGUCAUUACUUUGAUAUAAUAGAGUCUCUCUCUCUCUCUCUCUCUCUCUCUCUCUCUCUCUCUCUCUCUCCCUCUUUCUCUCAUACACACACACACACACACACAGGGCUCAGGAAAUUUCCCUAGAGUUAAAAAUAUAUAUUGCCCAACCCAAAUUUUUGGGCUUAUCUAAAAACAGAAAGUUCCUAGAGAAUUCAUUCAAUUUCCACAUACAACUGAUAGUGUCAAAAGCAAGUAAAAAGACAUGCAAAAGAGUAAACUUUAUUGAGACUUAACUGCAGUCUAUAUUAUAAUUUAUUAUUUGCUCAUUAGACACUGAAUUUUCUCUAUGCAAAAUAUAAUUUCAAAUUGCCUGCUUCUCUCAUCAGUUCAAAUUAUCUCAAAUAAUGAUUAUAUAUAACAGCUGAGAGUGCUUCAUUAAGUCCUUUUCUCAUAUAGAUGAUGGUAUGUUUAUAUGACUCAGGUGUAAUGUAUUUUCCCUGAAGUUGGAGUAAAGGAAGUUCCUUAGUACACAUAAGUUAUUCCUAUAUUUGUUCUUACCUGUGAUGUAAACUGUAAACAUUACUUACUAUAGAACAUGAUAAUUUGAAUUUUAGUGACUACCCCAUUUAUAGGAUUACCCCAGGAACCAAGAAAUAUUUAUGCGAUUAAUAAGAUUAAAGUAAUUUAAUUCAUUAAUAUAGUAUCUACUUAUUUUCAUUAUUUGACAAAACAUAUCCCUAAUAAUUAGUUUUCAAGUUCCUCUGAGCAUGCUCCUUGUUCUCUCGUCUCGCGGAGAACACAACUCUUCUUGCCUUUGUCAUCUUCUCUUGCUGUACAUUUGAAGAGCUUGUGGAUUCCACCUUGUUUGAGGAGCUAGGUCUCAACGCACUUUUCCUCAUGAUGGUGUCAUCUGUGCUUGACGCCAUCUGUGGUGCAGAGGGCUUUGCUCAUUUGCGAUUUGCAAGAAUAGCCUCCCUGAAGCUAUAUAUACUUCAUGUAAGAACGGCACAUGUUCACAAAUAGGAAAAACCUCCUUAGUCUAGGCUUGAAUAUUCUGAGAUUGGAGAGGUAAUUGAAUAUUCUGAGAUUGGAAAGGUAAGUGUUCUAGAAGACUUAGGAUUUUUCUGUAUGUAAGAUAAAUUCAUAAUUGAUUCUAGUUUGGCAGAGCCUAGCAAAACAAAUCAUUCUCUCCUGGGCACUUGCCAUCUGGAAUUUUCCCGGUAUUUCUGGAAGUGCCUCGUACUUUCAAGAACUGGAAUUAGCAGUGCUGUGCACUGUUAAUCCAGUGUUGCCCCGGUGCACACACUUCACAGCUGUUUGUAGUAAGGUCACUCAGAUGAUUUUAAGUCUUGACAUUUAAUCCUACCACUUCUACAGAUCUGAAUUCUGUGGGUCCAUAUACUUCCACAUUUGAGAACAUAGGCUAAAGUUAAGAGACAUGCAUGUCAGAAACUCUGAGAGUUUUAUGAUGUCAUAAAAACACCCUUAAAUGAACAGUGCACUGAGACCAUCAUGUUUACCGUUCAGACUUAGCCUUCUUUUUCUUCAAGUGUUCAUACUCAGUAGACUUUGCCUCUUCACAUUAGUAUUAUUAUAAAGUUAAACAUCAUCUCCAUGCUCUCUUUGCUUUGAUGCCUUGAUGUACAGAGCUUGAAAAAUUUAUGAUAAUGUGUAUUAUGAAUGACGUUCUUGCAAGUCUCACGUUGAGCAAAGUUAACAUUGACAUUGAACAAAAUCACCCUUAUUCCAGUCCCAGGUGCUUUGUUUUCCUUAACACCCCUGUCUCUGCCUUUAUUUCUUAUUUUUGAAUUAAUUUCCUUUUUCUGUAAUGUUUGAAUAAAAGUCUUUAAGAUUUUUGUCCUCCCCUUGUGGACAUUUUCCACAUAGAUUAUUUCCUUGCUGGUGGUUUGAUGACACUGUCAUUGUUCUCAAGGUCUUUUGUUUUUGAGUCUUCAUAGACAACCUGUUAAUUAGGUAAGCAGCAUUCAUCAGUAAUGGAGAAGGCCAGUAUAUGCUGAAUUUAUUAAUGUAACAGUGACUAAUUUUUCUUUACACGAUAAAGCCAGCUUUUGUUUCUUUGGUUUUAAUUUGAAUGGCGAAAUAAGCUAUGAAAGAAAACAAAGCUUUAUGUGCAAAACAGGCACUGAACGGAUGCCGACUAGGGUGUGGGCAGGUGGGCAGCGUGUUGUUCGGAAAAAUUUUACCUCCCUAAAUUCAGCAUGGAAUUUCAAAACGGCAAUGACGUUCACUCUGUAGUUGUUUGUAGUUUCAUUUUUACUUUGUAUCUGCACCUAAUAAUGCUUUUGAUGAACCCAUUUUAUACAAAACAUGUUUAAUGAAAUAGACUGCAGGUUUCAAUGGGAUUUGCUUUUCUACCAUCAACAUUGUAUUGAUUGAAGGCUGAGCAAUUCUGGACUUCAUGAGAUUGGACCAGCCAAUUGAAAUGCUGGUUUUGGAACAUUCGAUGCAAUUGUAUCUUGAUGUGUAAUGUAUUUUCACUCAACAUAUACAGAUAUCAAAUUUCGUGUUUAAUUAAUUGAUUGCACCAUCUCACCUCAGCUAUUUCUUGUUAGCGGUCCACAUUUUACUGUACUAGUAUCAGCAGAUUAAAACCUUUGCUAUGGUGUGCUCUGAGUAGGUGCAGGAUUGAAGAUAGUACACAUCUUUUGACUUCCAAACACUUUUAAUUCUCUUCACUAGGUAAGCCCUGCCAUCAGUAAUGAUGACCUUAUAGAAUAAAUGAAAUAGUUUCCUAGAAGCACAUUCAGUAAUUCCUCAUAUUUAAUACAAAUAUAUUUCUUCAAUCAUACUUUGCAAAGUCAAGUUUGUAAACUUAAUUUGAAGAAUACCUACUGAUUGCCACACUAGAGAGUUCUGGAUUUGUCGUAGACAGUAAUAAUAUGCUGCUGAAUUUUGCACAAUAUAUGAUAUUACGGUAAUAUCAAAGCCAUUCUAGAGAUAAAAGUAUUAUGUUAAUAGACAUUUAUCAGUGUUCCUUUAAUUGUCCUUUUUGCCUAUGCAUAGACCUUAUUUUAAAAGAAACAUUCAAUUGUUUCCUACACAAUUGUCAUCACUUAAAUUAAGGACAUCAUUCAUGCAAUGUUCUAAGAAUCUGAAAAUGUGUUAGGGAAAGUUCUAGACUGAGUUCUAUCAGACAAAACUAGAUACUUAACAGGUGUCUCAAACAAUGUAACUAAAGCUUUAAUGUCAGAGAAUGCCCUUUACCCUGUUUUGCCUGGAUAGACAGCAUUUCUAGGCUUUUCCUUUAUUCAUACCUCUCCAGAAAUCAACAAUAAACACCAAAAAAAAAAAUCACCCAUAAUGAGAUAAAUCUCAGGAAGAAGCGUGGUGACUGCUUGGAAUUUAUUUUGGCAAAGUACAAAAGCAGCAUUCUGCAUUAGACACGUGUUUGUUUAAGUUGCUGGGGACAUCAACUAUAGGAUCCACUGUUAGUGAAGGUGUUCAGAAACUGAAGGUGGCCCAGCAGACUUGUGGGCAUGUGAAAGACCUUUGUACCUCCACAGGCAGCUGUGUGUGGGUUAUACUCAGCCAGAGUGAUGCUGUGUAACCAUCUGACAUCAGUGCGACAGGAACAGCCUCGAGAAAGGUGGCAUUACCUAUCCUGGUCGUGAUAAAGUCAAUAUCGUACUUUAGUCUGCAGUAUCAUACAGUAAUCUCUAUGCUGAAGGUGAAAUGGCAAGAUCUUCCCAAAUAUUAAAAUUUUCACUAGAUUUGAAGGGUUUUUAUUAUAAUGUAUUAAUGAAUUAUUUUCUAGGUUAAAAAAUUCUCCACCUGUGAAGGAAAUUUUGAAAAAUGGUUACAACUUUCAUGUUUUGGCUAAAUAUUUUUCAUUACAGUUUUAAAUUUGAAUUAAGAUUUGGAGGAAGAGCUCUAGACAUAAUACCUUGACAUUAAUAAGACAUGUAAGAUAUGCUUUACCUCACCUACUUUUUGAAAAAAUUGAAGUGAAUGGGCUUCAGAGCUAAUCUAUAAAAUUAUUUUCAUUAUAAAUUAUGCCUUAACGUCUACUUCUAAGAUUUCCAAGUGCAACAUAAUGUGUUUUGUUCUCUCUGCAUCUUGAUAACCACUGAGCAAACCAUCGCAUGGUCACAUAAAUAUGGGUAUUCCCUAUAACAGUGAAGUAAAGAUUAAGGGAGCCUUGCUUGACACCUAAGAGGAUUCAGUCACUUGUUUAUGCAGGAUCUAAGUCAUGGCUGCACCUGCCUCACCAUUUGUAAACAAAGUAUAAAGUGAUCAGUGUGAAUGCCUGCCACAGUUAAUAUAAGAUGAUAAACUGCUCUCCUUUCACCUGUCUGCAAGGGACUAUACUAAGUCGAUCUUCGGUGAAUUUCUGGAAAUUUUUAUAUAUGUAACAAUUCUUAGGAAUAAGAAAUGUAUAAACGUGGCUUCCCAAAAUGAGGUAACUGGUGUUUUCACAGAAAAGCACAUUUUAUUUUAGUUAAAUGUUAUGUAGAUUUACUUAGAUCUAGGGUAAAUUGUUUAGAUGAUGAGCUCAUUGUUAGGAAAACUUUCCGGAGUACUGAUGCACUUGCCUUGUCCUGCUGUGGUGUCUGUCACGUGGGCAUAUUGCUUCAGAAAAGAACCUACCAGAGUUGCUCUGUUUCACUCUCAACAGAUUUGAAAGAAAUGCCUAAUUCCUCUGUGAAACUUUGUGUUUUGCCUGCUGUUUUAAAUAUGUUUCCAAGGUCUUAUCUUUCCUUCUAGACUAAACUCCUUGUGGACAAGGAUGUUUCUAGAAGAGCAGUGUUUAUGCCAAGCAGAGGGCCAGACAUAGAAUAACUCCUCAUGGAAAUAAAUAGAUCAAAGGAAUGGAUCUAAAUUGUUGAGAGUCCCUCAGUAUUCUAUGAUGUAGUCUGGGGCAUAGUAGGAAGAUUAUCUGACAAGUUUCAGACAAUAAGAUGGGAAACACCUUGAAGUCUUUCGCCACUCAAAAGUGAUAAUCAUUCUUGAAGGAUUCAUUUUAAAUAUCUCAGUCAAACAUUCUAUGCAAGUGUUGAGACAUGCAGCAGGUAAGCUCACUGAUACAUAUCAUUUAGUUUUGAUUUUUUUAAUAAAGUCAUAAUGCUCUAUUUAGGCUUCCUGGAAAUAUUGACAAUCAUUUUAAUUACUAAAGGUGCUACUGAUUUCCUUACACUGACCUUCAUCCUAAAUGCUCUUGUCGGCUGAAUUUUGUGUGUGUGUGUGUUUUUUUUAAGGGGUAUGGAGCAGUGCAAUAAAAUUAGAUUAUCUUUUUGUCUGAAUUAUGCAACCUGAGAAAGUCUGUAUCUUUUUGUACUCUGUUGUUACUGUAUUUUAAUUAUUACUGCUCAUAUUGCAGGUCUGUGCUAUUUAUUAGAAAUAUACAUACAUAUAUAUAUAUAUAUAUAUAUUUCUACAGUAUGUGAGAAAAACCUGUAUUGCUUAUUAAAGUUAAAAUUAAUGUUCAUGUUGAAUCUUUGAAAGGAAAUCUGUAACUGCUUUUUAAUUAAGAACCAUUAAAUGCUAUGUUAUUCUGUGCUUAUCAAAACAUGAUAUCAAAUUCCAGUCCAAAUGUAAGGGCACUCUUUUGUCUGGAUGUAUAUAACUGAUUAUUGACAAUGGAAAGAUUAAUGUCAACAUGAAAAAAUAUAACCAUUUCUAAUGGCUGAAAAGAAUGUGUUCAUUUUGUUUUUCAUGUGACUUAUUUGAAUGGCUUCACAGAGAGUGGACAUAAAUACUUCAAAAGGAUGUUA